AUGGGAAUGGAAGCCCUAGGUACAGGGGACCGGUCGCGUGCCUUCAAACUCCUCUCCGAGGCCUGCCGUCUCGACCCCUCUCUCCCACUCGAUGAUCUCCUUUCCGCAACCGGUGGAAUAGAAUCUUCAAGAUCCUACACAGAGGAGCAGGUGGCAAUCGUUCAUCAGAUUAGGGAACAGAGAGAUUACCACGAGAUCCUGGGGUUCGAGCACGAUUGGGGAUGUUCGCAGAGCAUACCGGAAACUGUCGUUGAAGGUAAGGAGGCCUUCAAGGAAGUCUCUAUGCCUUUCCAGUGCGUCAGCGAAGCGGAGAACCGGGAAAGGUACGAUCUUUGUGGAUCUGAAGAGCCUGCUCUUGGUACGGCCUCAUCACGGCAUGGCUUUGAUGAUGAUGAUGAUGAUGAUGAUUUCGACGCCGAUGAGAUGCUUAGGAGCUGA